AUGCACUUCUCCACGCUCUUCUCCGUCGUCGCCGUCGCUGCGUCUGCCUGCGCGCAGACCACCCUGAGUGGCCAGUUCACCUGCGCACCCGCAGGCGCGUACACGCUCUGCCAAAACCUCUGGGGCGAGAGCGCCGGCGUGGGCCAGCAGAACUCGACGCUGCUGAGCACGAAUGGAAACAGCGUGUCGUGGCGGACGAUCUGGGAAUGGGCGAACGGCCCGAAUAACGUCAAGAGCUACGCGAACGUCGAGCACAACACCGCCAAGGGCGUGCAGCUCUCCAGUCUGAAGUCGGCGCCGACGGCCUGGCAGUGGGAGUAUGAGUCGCAGUCGAGCGGGAUCCGCGCGGACGUCUCGUACGACAUCUGGACUGGGACUACCCCGACGGGCAACCCCGCGUCCGCCGCGUCCUCCUUCGAGAUCAUGAUAUGGCUCUCUGGCAAGGGCGGCAUCCAGCCCGUCGGCUCGCAGGUCCAGUCCGGCAUCAGCCUCGCGGGCCACAACUGGACGCUCUGGAAGGGCCCGAACGCGAACUGGGAGGUGCUCUCGUUCGUGAGCCAGGACGGGGACAUCACGAAUUUCAAUGCCGACCUCAAGAAGUUCUUCGACUUCAUCCAGGAGAACUAUGGCGUCGCCUCGUCGCAGUUCGUCCAGGCGAUCCAGACCGGCACGGAGCCGUUCGUUGGCAGCGCGAGCCUGCUCAUUAACAACUUCAACGUUGCGCUCAACCACUGA